CGUUUGUUUACUAAGUCGUGUUGUGGAAGAAGGAGAGAGAUGACACUUUUACCUGACGACUUCAACUGAUAAUGACAAAGAACAAAUGCAAGAACCAAAAGAAAAGUGAUGAUGAAAAGAAACAGUUUAGACAAUGGGAGGCUGCUCGCAGACAGCGCUUCAACAAGGGCCUGGACAAGUUGCGGUUGGUGCUGCCCGAUGGUGACCCCAAGACUAAGGUGGAGAUCAUCCAUUCUGCCAUCGAAUACAUCCAGGAGAGCAAGACAUUCAAGGAGAAUGUUCUUGCUGGAAAUGAAGCACAAGAGCUGAAGCGUGUAAUUCGGCGGUUAAGAAAGCAAGUGGAAAUCUUGAAGCAGAGAAACGCCAUCCUUGUUAAGCUGUUGCAAGAAACUGGACUACGCAUCGAGUCGGAUGCUUCCGGCGGAGAGAUUAUAUAUACCACUCCUGGUACUUGUGUUCAAAGUAACUGCUCAAAUGCUUCAUGCAAGAAAGUGACCUGUGGGACCCGCAUACCCGUCCUAUUGGGUGACUUGUCCUCAGAGUGCAUUGAUGACUCACUGGAAGAAGACGAUGCUGUAAACUCCAGCGAUUUACACCCUAGAGAUCCAACGGAAAAACUAGCAACUGUAAGUAGCUUAAGAACACAGCAACCAGUUUUUACAGAGCAAGAUGCAAGAACGCAGGAGAAUACUGACAUCAGUAAUUCUCCAGAGGACAGCGGAAACAAGCAGGGAGGAAAGGAGCCAGCAGCUGAAAAAUCUCCAGAAAAUGCGUCUGAGGCCAGUCUUCCAGCAGGGGAUUCCUCUGGCUUCCAAGACGAAGAUGUGGGUGUGCCAAUUCCUGCCGUCAGUGACGAGGGAACAGCCCAAACCCUUGUGCCUCAGCAGGACAGUGAGAGUGAAAGCCCAAGAAUUGCGUCUGAGUCAGAGAAUGCAGCGUCUGUCAGUGCCUUGUCACAUAAUUUUGUAAGUGCACAGCUGACCAGUUUGUCUAUUGAAAGUGAAAAUGAACAUAUAUCUGUGUUGCCUCAAAACUGUGCAAGUGACUUGAAGUGUGAAAAGACAAAGGAGAAGAUACUAGUUGAAGAAGUCAGUAAGAACGGGACAAUAACGGUGAGCAUUAUAGAGGAGGAAGGAACACAAACAGAAGAAGCCAGCAAUAAUGGGUCCAGUAAAUUAUCAAACAGGAAGCUGGAUGGUGAAGGAUCAGAUAAGACAAUGGGUACAGCAAAGGAGCUGUCCUUAGCAUCUUCUGAAACCUGCUUGGUUGUACAGGAUAUGCAACAUGUCACAGUCCAUCCUGAAAUUCAGCCCCAGUCAAUUCCAGCUACACAGUCAGUUCCAGUGUCAGCAUCAAAUUUUUAUGGAAACCCAACACAGAUGGUCACUAUUCAGGUUCAUGGGGGAGAGAAAGUACAAAACAAGGGGCAGAAAGUUGUCUUGCUGCAGUGUGGGAAUUCUGCUCCAGGCACAUUCCAGCUUGUCCCCCCAAUAGCUGAUAAUUCCCAGCUCACUUAUGUGACCCCUUCGCUCUCAGGGGUCCCUAUCAUGUCCACAGGUGUCCCUCCCUCAAUCCUGCAGACAGGGAAUCUAGUGAAGGUAGUCAAUUCACCUCCAGUUCUCCUCCUUCCUCCACAACCCAUGAUUUCAUCCCUUCCACAUGCUACUAAAUUAAAACCAAUUGCACCCAAACCUUGCUCCUGCAAGCCUGUUGCAUCCUCACAGACCAAGGAUGUUUCAGGUGGCAUUAUAGCAUCACUUCCCAAGAAUCAGGGACAAGUUUCACCUGUCAAGAGAGAUCUUGUUCACACACCCACCAAGGUGUCUGCCAAAGUGAAACGUCCUCUCUCCUUAGAGAGAAAUAAUGGCAAGGCAGCUAAGCGUAGUAAAGGGGACUUUUCUGCAGAGUUGCCCACCAUGUCAAAGGUUCCAGCAGACAUUCAACCUUUACAGUCAUCUGGUCUGAACCCAAAGACUGUGACUGUAAACCAGGUAGAGCUUGCCAGUGAAGAUGGUGAAGACCUACAAGAGAUUUCAACGACCACCUUAACAGGUCUUGUUCAUUCAGCUGGUAUCAUGGACUGUGUGGGAGAGGAUGCCUUGGGGAACAUCAUGGAUAUUCCUGUUGAUAUGCCUUGUGUCAUGACAGAAAAUAUAAGAAGCUCAGGAAUAGAACCUAGCAAUCCCACAGAUGACCGCCUAGUAGAGAUGUUACGUUCAAUUGAUGAGAGUGAUCCACGUGCAUGUGAGUUUUCUCCUCCAUCCUCGCCAGUGAGUGGUACAGACCCAUUGGUUGAGCAGGGCAAAGGUCCAGAGGUGCAGGAUGAAACUGCUGAAGUUAGUUCAGGCGAUGCUGAAAACAGUAAGAUCUGUGAAGAAAAUCAAGCAAUAUCUGCUGAGGGAAAUGAACCUAGCUCAGUAACUUUAGAAAAUCAGCAAGAUGUUGGAGUUGAAGAUGAAGAGUGCCCAGUGCCAACUAGUUCUUGUACAUCAGCAGAGAGUUCUGUUACUAGUAAUUCCUAUAGUAUCACAGCUUUAUGCUUGUCAUCUAGGCCUUUGAAAGAACAGCAGUCUUUAGUAAAAGAUUUUGGUAAAGCAUCUGUUUCUUCUUCAGCUCCACCUGUUCAGUCUUCAGAUGUUGAGUCAGUGGCUCAGAGGACUCCAGUGACAGUGUCUGCUGAAAGUACAGAUCAUACCAGAGUUUCUACUCCACUAGUGCUUCCUACCACAUCUGGCGAAUAUUACCUAUCCAAAACACCUUUACCUUCACGUGAACACCUUCCAAAAGCUUCUUCUGCACCUACAGUAUGUCAGUUGCCAUUACCGCCAGCAACUGCCCUUCCUCCUCCAAACCUUUUCCUCAGAAACCCCUCUGUUCUUCCCUCUUCUUCUCAUUCCUUGUCUCUGCCACUUCCUCCUCUUCCAUUACCUCCUCUUCCUCCUCUCACAACAGAGCACCAUUCAGCUACACUACUGUCUUCCCCAUCAGUUUCAUAUUCAAACAUCAGUAUACCAGUAACGUCUACAUCCAGUUUGACAGUGUCCAACAUGGCCACUAGUUCAGUAACAUUUACUAAAACUUCAUUAAGUGAUCCAGUAUCCCCAGCAGUGAUCUCCCUACCUAAUUUGUUUACAGCUCCUUCAACAACUAUUUCACUUUCAAAUUAUCAUAUGCCCUCUCAGUCCCCAUCUUUUUCAUUUUCUUUGACAAUGCCUUCAGCAUCAUCUGGGACCUCAGUGACAAAUAAUGCAGCAUCAGUGAGUAGCAACACCAGUAGUACCUGGACACCGACAGUAUCUUCUCUAUUUUCUUCUUCCUUUUUACAUUCAUUAUCUACCAGUGAUGCAUAUAACUCAGGAGACAUAUCGGUAGUAUCUAAGGACUCGUCCAAAGAUUUGCAAGCAUCUGUUGCAUCAACUCUGCAGUCACAUAGUUCAGAUACUGUGGAUGCUACUGUGAAUGCAGAUGCACAUGAAAGUAAAGAACAGAGAACAAUUCAUGUUGCCACAUCAUCCACCUUAAUACCUUCAACAUUGUCCGCAUCUGUCACAGAUGUCAUUGCAACCUCAAGUUCUACUACACCUGUAGUGUCAUCGUUAUCAACAUCAUCUUUAUCAUUUUCAUUAGCAUCAACAACUGUUUCUUUACCAGAGUCUUUAGUAAUGCCAACUACCCAGUCAACCAUAGCUCAGUCACCUGCAUUUAGCUUCAUGUCAGGUUUAUCUUCUGUACCACAACUUAUUACAACAACAGCAACAAAAUCUGCUGUUAGUACCUCUCAUUCAUCAUCCAUAUCAACUGUAGAGACUGAUUUUGUCUCUGCAUCUAAUCAACCGUUUUCAACUGUGAUAACUACUACCACAAUAUCCUCGCUUGCACAAACAGCUGUGACUCCAUCUACAGCUGGCAGCAUAUUUAGCACCAGUGGGACACAAACUCUCUUCCCAUCAAAGCUAAUUCUCCUUGCAGAAAAUGAGGACACAAAUGCUCACUUGUCUAAACCCACAACAAGUGAACAACUGUUAUGUAAGGAUUCUAAUUCAGAGAUUACGGCGGUAUCAGGAAACAUAGAAGGAAUAAGUUCUGUAUCUUUAAUGGAUCUUACCUUACCUACAAGUCAAGAAGAUGUGCAGGUUUCAGUCCACUCUAAAGUAAAAUCAGCAGAGACUGAAAAAUCUAAUGGAAAUGAUCAAAACUAUUCUCCAAAGACUUUGAACUCAAAUCCUGCUGUAUCAGUACCUACUACCACCAACACAGUAACCUCUGAGGUUGGGAAAAUGCAUAAGUCAAGCCAGCCAAAGCAAGCACCAACAGCAGCUGACUUCCCAGUUAGUAACAACAAAAUUGGUCCUGUUGACCUUACUCCACUUUCGGUUGCUGCAACGCCUUGCCCAGAGCGAGCAAGCCAAGUUCAACGAGGGACCAUAGAGAGGGACAUGAGGGCACAGUGGCACAUUUGUCUGGCACCCAUAAAGUUGUUCAAGACAGAGACAAAAUACCGUGUGUUUCAGUGCAAGAAAUAG